ACUUGCAUGCUGAGCGGCGUCGCGGAGGAGAAAGAGACGAACCAAGCGAACAAAACACAAUGGCGACAGCAGGCGGGGGAACAGGCUCAGCCGGUCCAGGUAUCGGCAUCGUCGGCGGUGGAGCUGCAGUGGGACGAAAAAAAGACGGUGGGCCGUCCACGAAAUUUUGGGAAAGUUCUGAAACGAUAUCUCAGCUGGAGACAGUGCGGCUGUGGAUCGGGAAGCACUACAAGAAGUAUGUACAGAAUGACUCCCCCUCCAGUAAGUCCUUGGCUGGGCUUGUGGUCCAGCUGCUGCAGUUCCAGGAAGAUGCUUUUGGGCGCAGAGUCAACAAUCCUGCCCUUACCAAGCUACCUGCCAAGUGUUUCCUGGAUUUCAAGGCUGGAGGUGUUCUCUGUCACAUUCUGGGGUCUGUCUACAAGUUUAAGAGUGAGCAGGGCUGGCGACGGUUUGAUCUGCAGAAUCCCUCCAGGAUGGACCGAAAUGUAGAAAUGUUCUUAAAUGUGGAGAAGAACUUAGUGCAGAAUAACUGCUUGACACGUCCCGCUGUCUUCCUUUCGACGGACAUCGAGCAGAAACAGGCCAGUAAACUUAAAGAAAUCAUCAAAAGGCACCAGGGUUCCAUCACAGAGGAUAAGUCAAAGGCCACACACCAUAUUUACCCCCCUCCAACCCAGCAAGAGGAAGAGGAGUGGCUGCGUCCUGUUAUGAAAAAAGACAAACAGCUACUGGUGCACUGGGGUUUUUACCCAGACAGCUAUGAUACAUGGAUAUCAGCCAGUGAAGUGGAUGCUGAUGUAGAAGAGCCACCAGACACAGAUGGGUCUUGGAAGGUUCACGCUAAGUGGGUUUUAGACACAGAUGCCUUCAAUGAGUGGAUGAAUGAAGAAGAUUAUGAAGUAGAUGAGAACAAGAAGCCAGUCACCUUCCGUCACAGGAUCUUCCCCAAGGAGGAAGAGUCUUCCCGUACACCUGAUCGCAAGGAGCGUAAAGCCAACUCUGCCGGGAAGAAGAGGAGACGCUCUCCUUCGCCGCCCAGCACUCCUGCUGAGUCCCGCAAGAAGGGAGGCAAGAAGGGCAACCCAGGACUUCACUGGAAGCGACGUGGUCACAGAGGUGAAGAGGAGGACAUGGAAGAGGACCUCACCAAGGACAUGGAUGACUCUUCAGCUGGGGCCAGCAUUGAGGAGGGGAGCAUAUCCAAGAAUGCAAAUUCAAAGAAAGAUGGUGAGAAUACUCCAGUAAAAGGAGGGAAUGACUUGGAUGACAUGGAGGAGGAUUCCAUGCUUUCUGGUGGAAGGGACGAUGAAGAACAAGGCAAAGGUGAAACAAACAGACUCAUAGACACUGGCGAGGACAACGUGACAGAACAGACACACCACAUCAUCAUUCCCAGCUAUGCUGCUUGGUUUGACUAUAACUGUAUCCAUCAGAUUGAGAGAAGAGCUUUGCCGGAGUUCUUCAAUGGAAAAAACAAGUCCAAAACUCCAGAAAUAUACCUGGCGUACCGUAACUUCAUGAUUGACACGUAUCGGCUAAACCCUCAGGAGUACCUCACUUCCACAUCCUGCCGAAGAAACUUGACUGGGGAUGUGUGUGCCAUCAUGAGGGCGCAUGCCUUCUUGGAACAGUGGGGUUUAGUGAACUACCAGGUUGAUGCUGAAAGUCGCCCAUUGCCCAUGGGGCCACCCCCCACCCCCCACUUCACCGUGCUUGCUGACACACCUUCUGGCCUCAUGCCUGUUAACAACCGACCUGCACAGGUUCCACCUGCACAGCCAAUGUCAAGCUUUCCAGACAAAAACAAAGACAAGCCUAUUGAUCUGCAGAACUUUGGCCUGCGCACUGACCUCUAUGCCAGGAAAAUACCCAAGGGCAAACCUGUGAGCUCCACGCGGGACUGGACAGAACAGGAGACUCUACUGCUGCUGGAGGCCCUGGAGAUGUACAAGGAUGACUGGAACAAGGUGUCAGAGCAUGUUGGUUCGAGAACCCAAGAUGAGUGUAUCCUGCACUUCCUGCGCCUUCCCAUUGAGGAUCCGUAUCUGGAAAGUACAGAGACCUCCCUUGGGCCACUGGCCUACCAGCCAAUACCUUUUAGCCAGUCUGGCAACCCUGUCAUGAGCACAGUCGCUUUCUUGGCCUCUGUGGUUGAUCCCAGAGUGGCAUCUGCUGCUGCCAAGGCAGCCCUGGAGGAGUUCUCUCGUGUGCGUGAAGAGGUGCCAGCUGAACUUGUGGAAGCACAUGUGAAAAAGGUGCAGGAGGCAGCCCGGAGCACGGGUAAGGUGGACCCAGCCUUUGGCCUGGAGAGCAGUGGGAUUGCUGGCACUGCCCCUGAGGAGCCUGAAAAGACAGAAACAACAGAGUCAGAGAAGAUGGACACAGACACCGACUCGCAACAGGGUGAUAAGGCUGAAUUAAAGGAUGAGGCAGAGAGGCCUAGUGAAUCAGCAGAGAAGAGCGAGAAGACUGAGGCAACAGAAAAGGUGAAGAAGGAAGGAGGAGAUGCAUUAGAGCAUGAGGAGGGAGAGAUGGAGGAAGGGGAAGCCAAAAUGUCACCAUCAGACAAAGACAAGGAGGACUCAAUGGAGACUGCAUCCUCGGAUCAGGAGAAAGAUAGGGAAGAUAAGGGAUCUACAGAAGAUGAAGACAAGAGGAAGAAGCUGGAACUUGAUAUUGGAGAGGGAAACAUUGCCACAGCAGCUGCUGCUGCCCUAGCAUCUGCUGCCACCAAGGCCAAGCAUUUAGCAGCAGUGGAGGAGAGGAAGAUCAAGUCUCUGGUUGCUCUGCUGGUAGAGACCCAGAUGAAGAAGCUGGAGAUCAAGCUAAGGCAUUUUGAGGAGCUGGAAACCAUCAUGGACCGGGAAAAAGAGGCCCUGGAACUGCAGAGGCAGCAGCUGCUCACAGAGCGUCAGGCCUUCCACAUGGAGCAGCUGAAAUACGCCGAAAUGAAAGCCAGGCAGCAGAUGGAGCAGCAAGCUGCUGCUGCUGCCGCCGCAGCUGCUGCAGCCCAAGGACAGGGACAGGCUCCUGGAUCCGGGCUUCACUCUGGACCGCCUCCACCUGGUAUGCACCCUGCUGGGCCCCUACCUCACCACGGAGGACCACCACCGCAUCAUGGGGCACCACCUCCCCACCACGGUGGUCCACCACCGGGUGCUGCCAUGCACCCUGGCUAUCCGCCGAUGGGACAUCACCCCAUGGCACCUCACCACCCAGGACAAACAGGACCAGUGGCACCAGGCCAGCCUAUGCCAGGACGCAUGAUGACGGGUCCGCCAUCUGCUGGUCCUCCUCCAGGAGGCAUACCUCCCAUGAUGCCUCCACGCCACCCUGGAGCUCCCAAUGGCAUGUACCCUGGCCCACCACCUGCACAGCCUGAUGCGAUGCCUCCAGCUCCUGUGGGUCCUGCAGCACCUCCACCUGGACGAGUGGCUGAAAACUAAGACCUGCACACACACACAGAAAAACUAACCCCUUCUCUGAACCACAGUCCCUCUCUGAUGGCCUUUGCUGCUUUUGCUGUAUUUUUUUUCCUCCUCAGCUCCCCAAAUUAUGACACACUUCACGAUAAAACACACACACUCACUCAAGGUUCAGUGGAAAGUGUGAACCAGAUUUUCGCACACAUAUUUAGAUUUCCUCUCAGGGCACAACACUGAGGCUUGUCUGGUUUUUUAAAAAAAAGUUUUCUGCUCUGUUGGGUCAAAAGGAGGCUGGAAAGAUGGAAGAGAUCAGGAGGAGUUAUUUCAUUUUCUAAUGCACUGUAGCCCCCUUUCUGUCACAGACAUCCUUCUGUCGCCUGUCUCUUUAUUCCAGUAAAACACAAGGGGGAGCUAGUGAGACCACAGGGUCAGUCAGACAUAAAUGGGAGUGUGCGUUGAGCUGUAGCAGGCUCAGCCUGCAAAUCGCUCUUGUUGAGCAUCUACCUCUCACUUCCCCAAAAAUGAUACACUGUAGGUGUGUGUGUGUGUGUGUGUGUGUGUGUGUGUGUGUGUGUGUGUGUGUGUGUGUGUGUGUGUGUGUGUGUGUGUGUGUGUGUGUGUGUGUGUGUGUGUGUGUGUGUGUCUUCAGACAGAAGGGUGUUUGGUGACCACAGUGUUGGCUCUUCCUGGUUUGACCAGUGUUUUUGGUCUAGUCAUCAUUGCAUUUGACAUUUUGAAUUCGUUUGCAUUUGAGUGCAGAAGUUAAAUAGUUUUUGUUCAAAUAAAACAAGUCUUUUUGACAAAGCAUCGGCUGAAAUGAUAAUCUUUCUGUAACAUUUACAAUUAAAAUUACAUUUUGCAUGGGGUGUUGCAACAGUACUGACUUGGACCACAUGACUGCGGGUGGACUUGUUGAAGCAGAAACAGCACGAAAUGCCAAACUUUUUUUUGUUUGGUUGUGUUUUGGUUUUCUUUUUUGAAUAAUAGUUGAAUAUUGUUUACUGAGUGUUACUCCCUUGCCUUGCACCUCUCACCUGUGAUGUGUAACUGGCAUUAUAGAUCUGAACAGGUCCUUGUGCAUCAUGGGUCAGAUCACACUUGACAGGAUUAAAUGGUACAACUCAUUCAACAAACAUUUAAUAUAUAGUUUUCAAGGAAAGAAUAUGCACAAAUUAAGGAUAUCCUGAGCAUUGUAUUUGUGUGCGUGCGUAUGUUGGGGGGGGGUUAUAAAAUUUGAAUACUAUGAAUAUAUUUAUAAAAUUUCCUUUCUUAUUUAAUAACCAUUCACAACAUGUCCAUGAACGUUUGUUGUCACAACUACUGAUUUAUGUUUAACUGCUGAACAGUUGCUGUAAGUAACAUUUUAUGACCAGUGACAUUUUAAACUGUUUCUUACCACAGGGACCAGGUUUGCUGCUUUUUCAAGAGCUGUAGAGUUUUAUUUAGUCACAGUUUUUAAUGUCUGUGAUGGCCAUUGUUGGUUAAAACAAAUCAGAUGUCAGUCUGAUCAGCAUCAUGUGUGUCUUCUGGUCCACUGCUGCGAUCUAAACCCGUCAGUUCUGACACGGAGUUCAAAACCGUUGAGCUGAGACAUGUCAGUCCGUGGUCUCACACAGGCUCUGCACAGAGCCGAGAUGCUGCUGAUCGAAUCAGCAGGUGAGUUCAUGAGUGAAAUCGACCGGUGACGCAGUCCAAUGACUGUUUUUCUUUGUCAGUAACAUCCAAAAUAAAAGGCAGGAAAUUAGUUUUAAAAAACUGAAUUCUUUUCAUAUUAGUGGUUUCUUUAUAGUUUCAGUUUGAAAUAUUUUGAAAAUCUGUUUUCAUUGCAUUCAGUUAGCAGUCGGACACACUGCUUUAAAAAUGAUGGGCGCUGUAGUUUUCAGCACCAUGUUUAGUUUUAACGUCCGUUUUCAUAUUUUCAAAUCAUGACAUUUAUCUGAAAUCUGAUUUGUAGGUUCUGUUUUAUGCUUGAGUAAAUACGUCCUGUUAAAUUGUACUUUGUCUUCACAAAGUUCCAGUUCCUUGGAAGAAAUAGUGAAAGAAAUUGAUUUAUUAUUCAGUAUAGAUUUUUUUUUUCUUCUUUUUUGUGGUUGGGUGACUGAGUAGAGUGGUUUAUUAUAGCAGUUGUAAUCAUUUCUUACUUUUAAUUUUGGUAACAUUUGGGGGGGGGGUUGUUCUUUUCCCUUGAAAAAGAAUAGAAACAAUAUUGCAAAGUGUCAAAUGUGGAGGGGAAAAAAUAACUGUACAAGAAUUAGAAAAAUGGAUAUUGAAAACGCUGAUCAGUCUUCUUUUGCCACACCCCCUACCCACAGCUCAGUAAAACACACUCAGACGUAAGCUAAGCUGACACACUGGACACUGCUUGGCCAAAUCUGCCACAGAACACUGGAAAACCACACACACAUGCAUACACACACAAAUUGUUGACAUUCACACAGCCCAGGGGCAGACGCUGUGAUGCAGUUCGACUGAAGCUAAUUAUUAAUGGCACCAUUCUCAGCGCGGUGGGCUUCUAUCUGUUUGUAGGUGCUAAUACAGUAGUAUUUAAGCCCCGCCCCCUUCAACUUCAAAAUUACCAAUACCUAGUGCUUCCUACCUCGCCACGCCCUACACAUACCCAAAAACCUUUGUGCACAUUCUUGCAUUGCUUUUUAGCCACAAGCCAUCCAUUAGCAGCAAUAUUCUUAUUUAUGUGUAUCAAUCCUUAGAAAUGUGAUGUAAUGUUUUUUGUUUUUUUGUGUGUGUCUGUGUGCCUAAGGGAAAACAAAUUUGCUUAAAUGUGGAAUAAGGAGAAGCAGCUAUGAUUUCAGUUAGUCCUCAAAACUUAUGCCACAAUAAAUAUGAUGGUACUAAAAUAAGAGGAGCAAACGGCAAAAAAAGUUGAUUCCAUUUAAUUUGAAUCUCAUUUAGUAUAAAUAGAGGUCAUAAACCUUUACAUGCAUGUUAGUCUGAAAUGGACAAACUGUUUUGAGACGAAAGGUUAGCUCUCCAGUGUUUAUACUUAUCCUAUGUUUGAUCAGAUGGUGAAAUAAUAACCGUCACACAGCCGACGCCGUCACGUGUCUUUCCGGUCAGCACACACUUUAAAUAUCAGUGCUCCUUCUCCUCCUUUGCUAACACGGUUAGUGUCUCUCCUACCUCUUCCUCCUUCAUCUGCUGGCUACUACCUCUUCUAGAAAUCUUCCUCUUGCUAUCUGCUACCUCUUCGUGCACCCCUUUGCUACCUCUUGCUCACGCCCCCUAACGGUUUCUUUGUUUUUCACUGCCCACAUGACUGCUGCAUCACUGACUGUUGGCCUUUUUCCCCCCAGCCCACUGGAAGAAGGAAAUGCAUUAAUAAAAAAAAAACAUAUUCACUCACUAUUUUACCAUUUUCUGUUUUCCCAUUUAAGAUCUUACCAGAAUCAAUAUAUGAAAUGACUUAAUAUGAUGGGAAACCCUUGCAUAUAUUUAGUCAGUCAUUUCUUUGUGUGUGUGUUCACAGUAAUGUAUUUUUAAGAAUGUUUGUGUAGAUGGAAGUUUCUUUCUUUUUUGGGAAGUUUGUAGCUUUUUUUGUUUUUAUUUUUAAUUUUGUAUGGGGUCUGUUGGUACUUGGACCUAGACACUGUCGAAUAAACUGUUUUGUAUGA